AUUCACCGGUAGGUUUUGCAUGGUCAUGCAAGAUCUUACCGUAGUAUAUAGCGAGAUUUUGGCAGAAUUAUCGACGUCGAACCUACCAGUCGUUGACACGGAGAGUUUUGGGGAAACGCUUGAACGUAGGAUCAAUUUGUGCACGUUUUGAUUGUGCAAUUGUCAGGUUUUGCCAUUGUUUAGCGUAUUUUGACGCGGUAUUGUUACCAGCCAUGGCGAGUGAUUCGAAAUCGACCGAUAAGUUAAGAACACUGGAUCAACUGAAGAAAGAGGUUGUUAAAAUUUUACGUUCUUGUGAUGGCCAUUGUUUGGAUAUUUCAAAAUUCAAGAGUGAGUACAAGCAAAAGUUUGGGAGAACUUUUGAGAAGCACUAUAGUGCGUUGUUGAAAGGAAAAAAGUUUAGCAGUUUCAUGGCAGCAUUAGAUAUUAUUGAACUGCAAAAAUCAAACGAAAACCAAAGCAUCAUCCUGAUGAAAUUGAAAGAAUCGAAUUCAUGUGAGCUUAAAUCUUCCAGUUCGGGCACUAGCUGUCAGCAGGAAAGGUCAGAUUCCAAUGAUGCUACAGCUAGAUUAGAAAGAUCACCAUCUAAAGGUCUUCCAAACGUUGCAAGUACAGUUGCCAUCUCACUAGGUGCCAAGGAUGAAAUCCAACCCAAUAAGAUAGAUCCAUCACUGGUAAAAUCUGCUGCAUCUGCGACUGUAUCUCCUUUACUACUGCCUACACCUUUACUUCCAAUACCAAGUGUUUUAAGCAAAGGUGCUCAAUUACCUAGGACCCAAGCACAAAAGACAAACCCCUCUUCUGGAAGUCCACAGGUCACACCACUGUCACUUUUUGAAAUCAUGAAACAACAAGCUCAAGAAGAAAUGCAGCUUGCUAUUAGAGGCAGCCCCUCUCCUCAUACUAGCUAUGACAGGCUACUGCAAGACAUGAGCACACCCAGUCCAGCAAAAAGAGAGCUUCUUUUUUCUCCACCUGAUCACCAGGAAACAAGGCUUAGAGAAGUUGGCACUCCAGGUCCUUUUGAGAAGUCAAUCAGCCAUGCCCAUGAUGCAAUGAAUAGCAUAACAAGCAAGGGGAAAUCUGUGAGAAAUGCUACUUUUCGUGAAAUUAACAAGGCAGCAGAAGAGAUCAUCACUUCCUUGUCAGAAAAAGGUCGCUUUGUUGGUCUGGAGGAGGUAAAAGCUGCCCUGUGCAAAGAAUUUGGAAAAACAAGUCUUACUGCUUUGGGUUUCAAAAAAGAGAGAGAUAUUCCUGCCCUGAAGGACCUUAUUGAAAUGCAGGCAAAAGUCAACUUAUUCGUCCAUGCGUACGUCAUGUCAAACAGCAUCUCCACUUUGUACGAAUUGAACCAAAGCCUUGCUGAUUUGGGUUCAAAAUCAGACUUUGAGGAGCUCAAUUUGGGUCCUCUAUUGAAACAGCCCGUGGUUUAUGACAUGUUUAAAGCUCCCCAAGGUCUUUCCCAAGUACCUCAUGUGACAACUAUUCAGAUUUUGAAGCACCUGGAGAAGUAUAUGACAAAGGAAGAUCUGUGGCGCAAGAAAGUUGAUUUAGGGAAAUUCAUGGAGUACCUCUCUGAAGAGUAUCAGUGUGGCACUCCUUUUGACCUUGGUGUUAGGAUACAGAGCAUUGGACUGGCUAUCUCGGUGAUUAAAAAAGCCAAACAUAACGAGAGCGAGAAGUGGAAAGGUAUCAGAGAACAGGUGUCGGCUGACAUGGACGAAGAAAUCGAGAGACACUUGCGAAAAAUCAAGAGAGAUCUUCUUGGACAAGAUCUUGGCGAUUCAAGGAGCUGUGUCAAGAAAUUUCUUGACACAUCUCCGACAGACGCCUUGACGGCGGUGUUCGAUUGUUGCUUGGAGACGUUUGAGGACAGUCGUGCAAAAAAGAUCACUAAGUUCCUAGAAACAGUCAUUAAAGAUUCACACGGGAGGCAUGUAUUUCAGCUAGCACUCUAUAUGAGUUGUAAGCGUCUGUUGGGAGACGCCUUGGAAAACCUGGUUGAUGAAAGAGUGAAGAAAGAGCUCGAGACAGCCAACAAUCUGGCAAGUCGCACAGAGACAGAAACAGGGUCAGAUCCACCAAGCGAAGGAAUUAUUGUCGAAGAAGUAAAUGACUGGCUAAAUAAAGCGGAGCGCACUGACCUAGCGACGCUAGCCAGAAUUGAGGAAAAUGUCAUGAACAGAUAUUCAGGGUUUGACGGUUUUGAAGCCUUCGGUUAUGGUUCCUUCCUGAAGUUCUUGACGAAACACAAAGCGCUGCGUGAAACCAUAGCGGAGGUUGGUGGAAUUGCUCCGUCUGGCAACGGAGGAACCGGGCUUGGACUUCGAGUGUCACUUGAUAGCGUGCUGGAUUUUAUAUCUCAAUGCGGAACUGAACCAACUCCGGAGUCCAUAGAACAGUACUUGUGUGAUUACUACAAUGUCAAUAAAGUGACGGAUCUCGGAUUUGGGUCCGCUGCGAAUUUGGUGAAAAAAGCUGCAGAGCGAAAGAAGAACUUAGUAGGGGCGAACAUUCCUUCGAUAGUUUACGAAGCUGCUCUUUUGCGUCACAGCUCUGGAGUGGGAGAUACGGAUAGCACCAGCCUAAGCACGCGUAGCGGUGGUGUUCUGGGUUUUAAGAGUAAAGAAGAAGCUUUAGAAGCUAUAAAAAGCACUCCCCUCCUCGAAGAUGUUUCCCUCUGGACUCACUGGGAUGAGGUUUUCGGUGGAGAGGUCUCUAAACUUGGCGACCUAAAGUCAUUUUUGGAAAAUGAAGGGAUUCUUUUGAGUACUAGAAAGACAUCUUCCCAAAGUCAAAACCCUCUGGUUGUCAUGGAAACAUCUCCUGGUGUUCUUCUGCGAGUCACUAUGGACACAUCGCCGGACAUGUUUAGAGAAUGCACGCGUCACCGAGAUGUGAUAGGAGCGACUGGGCAUUUGGUUUCCAUGGUAGUGAUGAAUGGUGGUGUUUCUAACACCCCAGUGGCUCUUUUAGCCAAUCAUGUACAAUCGUCAUUAGCAUCAAUGGUAGUUGACGACAGAGGUGACAGCGAUCAUCGAUCUACUUUUGUUCUUAAAUGUUUGACCCGUAUGCCACUCAGAUUAGCACAGGCAGUUGGAGCAAAGGUUUUCUUUGAGCCUCUCAAAAAGUUAGUUGGCUCAACCGAGGCAGCAUCCUUGCUGCUUAGAAGCUGCUUUACCCAGUCUCAACGCGGCCGUCUUCACCUCCUGGGCUUUGCCUUGGGGAUAGGUGAGUGGAGAGAUGACUUUCUCAGCAGAGUUGCGUGCAAAAGAGAGGAGGACGAAGGCUUGGUCUCCGGUGGUUACAGUGAUGACGAACAAAAGAGACCGAUUGCUGUUGUCAAGCCAGUUGCGGCUCAUAUUUCGUCAACGCUGCAGACAGAGACUUCCACGGAAAGUGAACCAGAGGGCGAUGUAGCAGUUUCUAAAGAUCAACAAAACUUUGCUGAGAAGGCUGGAGACGAAGUUACAUCGAGCACUCACGAUGAAUUUCCAGAAGUACCUCCCACUCCUUGUGCUCCUCCCAGACAGCAAGAAGAUGAGUGCAAAGCAGUAAUCGACCAAAUUCGCCGAGAUGACUUUGGAAUCGGUAUUGAGCUCGGAGAAGAGGAGUCCAAACUUGUCCAGCGACAGCGGGAAAGAGAAGGUCGUGGCUUAGCACGUCUGUCCAGUGAGCUCUACUCUAGGGACACCCACUUUGUGUUGGAGCUCGUUCAGAAUGCAGACGAUAAUUCCUACCCCGAGGUGUGCUCUGACCCAGGAUUUCCGUCCCUUUUGUUCGUCCUCGAGCGGGACAGGAUCGUGAUACUGAACAACGAGAUUGGAUUUGAGGAGAAGAAUAUCCGUGCGUUGUGUGAUGUCGGAAGAAGUACCAAAGGGAAACAUCGCUAUGGCUACAUUGGACAAAAAGGUAUUGGUUUUAAGUCAGUCUUCCGGGUUACUGAUUGCCCCGAAGUCCAUUCCAAUGGAUAUCACAUUCGAUUUGACGCUAAAAGCGGGCCAAUUGGUUACAUUCUUCCUGAGUGGGUUGGAGGCAAUUGUUCGGAGGAACGAACCAUGGAGGAUUUGGGAGACGAAUCUGUUGAUGAUGAGAAAGGAGAUAAUGGCAGUGGAGCAAGCAGUUCCGAGGAUGAAUUUAGCUUCUGGCCGACUCGCAUAGUUCUACCAUUAAAUGAUGAACAUCGACAGAACGAGAAGUCCUCUCUGGCGCCCAGGUUUCACGAUAUCCGUCCCUCACUCUUGCUAUUCUUGCAUCGUUUGCGAGGAAUCUUUAUUCACGACAAGGUACAUAAUAGUCGCAGUGAAAUGAUAAGGAAGGACCUGGGAGAUAAUAUCAUGGAAAUCAAGCACACCAAAGGCAUUGAUCGGUGGCUUGUUAUCAAAAAACAGCUCGAUGCCUCAAAUAUGAAAGAGGAUGUAGAGAUGACUGAGCUGGCGCUAGCUUUCCCUUUGUUUGAUGACUCAGGCAGUACUUCAAGUCAACGGAUUAGGCAUCAGAACCUGCCGCCACAGAAUGUGUUUGCGUAUCUUCCCCUGAGAAGUUAUGGUUUUCGUUUCAUCAUUCAAGGCGACUUUGAGGUUCCUUCGUCUAGAGAGGAUGUCGACAGUGACAAAUCCUGGAACCAGUGGCUAAGGGAAGAGAUUCCACAACUGUUUAUUGACGCUCUUUCGGUCUUCAUGGUUCAUCCAUCCUUUUCCGGCCUUUCCUCGGUGGUUUCAUAUUUCCAAUUUGUACCGCUUGAAGAGGAAAUCCUCGACUUUUUUUCGCCUGUUGCUCGCCAUAUUUUAAAACUUCUUCAAAGCAAGUGUUGUAUACCUGUAAUCGUGUCCAGCAACGAAACUGAGGAACCGACCGAAGUUGAUGAUAGAAAGAGCUACAAUUGGGUUCUCCCCACUGAGGCUAUUUUUUCCGAAGACAGCAUCAUACAGAAGCUCAUAACCCCUGCCCUUUUGAAGGAGCACUUAGGGUUGAGCUACCUUCACCCAGAAAUUGUUCCAGCGCUAAAUCCCACCCUUAGAUCCCGUCUUGGAAUCGAGACUUUGUCCAGCAGGCACUUGAUGGACAUUGGCAGAGCGGAGGUGAAAAAGGCUUCAAAUGAAUCAGAUGAAGCCGCAUCCCAUAGUAAGGACUACAAACUGGAUGUUGUGAAGAUAGGUUGGGUAGCUCGUUGGUUGCAGUGCAUGUAUAGAUGUCUCGAGCAGGAGCGAAAUAGCAGUCAAGAAAUGCUUGAUCGAAUUCGUUCUCUCAAGGUGAUUCCGUUAACAGAUGGCACAUUCGUAAACCUUAAGGAAGACUCUGUUUUCCUACCGUUGUCUUUGCAGAAAAUAUCCGAGGGAGCUAUUCCAAAGGCUAAGAAAGGAUCCAAAUCUCAGGAGCAGACGACAUUCUCGGUGCUCGAGAAAGACCUCUCCACAGUACACCCGUCUUUGUUCUCUUCGCUGGAUGAUAUCGGUCGUUCUCAAGUUGAGCAACUGUUGAGAAGUUUAGGAGUCAAAGUUUGGAGCCCUAAGGAGCUCGUCAACAGUCACAUAAUCCCAACUUUCAAGUCAGACAAGUGGAAGUCCAAGUCUAAUGAAGUGUUGAGAAGCUACCUUGUGUACAUUCUGGAAGAGCGGUUGAAAGACCCUUCUGCGUGUGAUAUGGAUGAAUUAAAGUCCUGCGUACAGAUUUUAACGAACAAGGGUGUUUUGAACCCAACAACAACGUCGAUCCAUUUCACGCCCAAAUAUGGAAGCACAAUUGACCUUGCUGGCCGGUUGCCCAGUAUUUCAUGGACUCUUAUUGACGAAUCGUACUUGGACUGUUAUACAGGAUUGAAAGCUCGUUCUACGGAUUGGAAAGAAUUUCUUACCAAGCUCGGUGUCAAACACUUUUUGUCCAUUAAAAGGAAACCAGUAAGGAUACAUCGAGACACUAUGGCUAAAACACCUUGGACGUCCUACGAAAACAUUUGGCAGACAACUCCUGAUGGCUUUUACAUUAUUAAUGACUGGGCCUGCGAGCAGUUUGAAGAAUUUCUUCGAAAGAUUGACAGCACUGACGCUAAGCAACGAAUCAGUCCUGAGGAGUCAACGUUCUUGGCUCAGUGCAUAGAUGAACGUUGGGGUGACGAGUACGCACAGUAUGCUGAAGAAUUUGUCCACGUUGAAGAUACAAACGGGCAUAAUCUCAAGGAAACUCGAUCUUCCUUUUACCUGAAUCUCGUCACCAAACCGUGGAUGGCCUCCACCGCUGGAGGGAAGGACUUCCAUCUUCCAAGAGACCUCUUUGUGCGGAGUGAACUUGUUUAUCAGCUACUUGAGAAUCACGUAAACUACGUCGCAGCAGAUUUAAAGAGCUCGUCUUUCAUAGAAACUCUUCGAAUUCGAGAAAACGUAGGCGUGGAUGGGCUGAUAAAUGAGAUGAAGAAGUGGUCAGGUUGCGGCUGUGAAAGGAUGGAUGGAAAUCAACGAAAGGAAUUUACGACUUCUGUUGCGCACAUGAGCAGAGUGUAUUUCUUUCUUCUUGAGAAAAUGAAUCAGAGUGGGGUAGAAAGAAUGAAAAUACACGAGGCAUUUCUAAAGAAUGAGAUGAUAUUUGUUCCACAUCACCCUCCAAGUCUCCAAUCGGCUGGAUUUUUUUACCUGAAGAAAGACGUUUGCUGGACAGAUCCGACAGAAGUCUCUCGGAAGCUUCUUGAAGAACAAGACAAGAUGACCACAAGGCCCUUAUUGGAAAUGUUCUAUCGAAGCCGAAGUACCCAGGAAAGUCUUUCAGCCUUUUUUGUUGAUCAUAUCGGUGUCGACGCGACACCUAAUGUGGGUGAGUACAUCGAAAUGGCAUCGACUGUUGCCGAAGUUUCUCGUUUUCCUUCUCCUUCAUCUUUGAGGGAUAUGUUGCAAAUCUUUGCCACCUUCGGAAGUAAAUGCGUCGGACGAGACCACAAAAACAGCAUGCGACUUGAUCAACAGAUCGACGCAAAUAUGACUGCCUUUUUGAAACAGUCCUUACAAGACGACCAAAUACGCAUUUUCCCUACAACGGAUAAAUGGGUUGCACUUUCUGAGAAGCCACUAAUAGCCGAUGAUAAAAGUCUCUUGAAGAUUUUCCAGAAGGAAAAAAGUGUCCACUUUCUUGACUUUGGAGAUUUCUAUCAACCUCAAAAUCGUCGCUCAUCUAAAAACAAGCCUCAAGAAGACCAUGAAUUAAUGAAGCACUAUGUUUCCUCGUUCUUGAAUAGCUGUGGAGUAGCAACGUUGAGUAAAUGCGUCAAGAAAGAGUUUACUCCAGGCGGCGCAGUGCAAUACCAGUGCGUUCCCUUGCAGAAGCACUUCCACCAACUCAUCCCAUGUGUGCAACGUUUCCUAUACUCCAGGUAUCAAUCGGUGUACAACGAACUAAGCUCUCAAGGAUUUGCACAGAAACUGCCGCAGAUGCAAUUUGCCUCCGUACCAAGUUUGGCAACUGUGUAUUCAUUGUCCACACACCCUGACGUUCACGUUCCCCUUGAAGAAAAAUCCGGCAUACAAGAGGCUGGGGGCAUGUUCUGUUUAUAUGUCGUACAAGAGUAUCAGGAUAAUUUAGAAGUCUUAAAUGCCGAGAUGAUUAAGCUGUUGUUUGGAGGGAAAAAACCGGGUGCUUCAGACCUCAACAACUUUUUGGUUGCUGUGAAAAAUUACAGUGGGAAUGAUCUUGACAGCUACUUGGAGGAUAAGCAGGACUUAGAGCCAUUACCGGAAGACGAAGAACGGUGGAUCGUUCCACCUCCUGAGGUACCCGAAAUUGUAAUGGAUGAUAGUGAAGAGGCUAUGAAUGAAGCAGUUCCUUUUCAUAAGGAAACCGCCACCCCUUCCAGGUCAGGCGACGAUGGUCUUCAUUCCUGGCCACCAAAAUCGUCUGCUCAAUAUGACAAGGCUUGUAAACGUGAAGGGGAUCCCGGUGGUGAACCCAUUCUGAAGAUUUGGCCCUUGCCGGAGCCUCCUGAAACUGUAGAGAAGCCCUUUAGAGAAGAGAAUCAGGACUAUUUGGUUCAGAGACCUACACAACGUGAUAUUAAUACCACAAGAGCGCCAGAGGCCAUGUCGGAAAAUCCCCUGAAGGGAGAGGAUAGGAAACCGGCGCUGGAUUAUCCUGGUGCAGUCGUCCCUAGGCAACAGCGUACUGAAAACGAUGCACAGCAACCACCUGAGGUAAUCGUUGAAGAUGCUUUGGUGAACAACCAGCAGAUAAGUUCUCGCGAAACAGCAAGUGAUUUGUGGCCCAAUGAAAUUGAGAACCGUCAGCACAAUACAAAGAUCGUGGAGCCCCCUCCACCCCAAGUGCCCCUACCUGGGGAGAUGACUUUCGUAACCAUUCCUGGCGAUGUAGCGAGGCAAACGUCUCCCAGCCGCUCCAAUCUCUGGUUUGAUGGAGGUCCUUCUGAAGUUGAAUUCGAAGAUCUACAAUUUAAUGAUAAUCAGAGGAUCUUGGAGCGGAUCCCGCUGUUGGAUAACCCAAACAAAGAAGACAUUGGUCGUUGGGGAGAACAGUGUGUGUUCGAGUUUCUCCAAGAGCAAGCACGAGGCCACUCUCCUGGCUUGGUUGAAAUUGUCUGGAUAAACGAAAACGGGAACACAACUGCGCCGUACGACAUUGAGAUUCGACAACAUAUCUCAGGUGUUAAGGAGAGCGACAAACGCACUGUUGUAACGUUUGUUGAAGUGAAGACCACUUCCUCGGAUCAAAAGGACUCUUUCGAGCUGUCCGUUCCGGAACUUCAAUUCGCUUUGAAGCACCAAGUCGCCUUUCACCUUUAUCGUGUUUUUAAUGCAGGCAAACCUGAUAUUGUUCGAAUUCGCCGUUUGCAAAAUCUUGCCACCCACUUAGAGAAGAAGACCGUAAAACUGUGUAUGGUUAUCUGAAGAUUGUGGGCGGAGUAACAAUACUUCACUAUGAAUGAAAACUUUUGGGUGAUCUAAAAGUUAUUAGGUUGUUAGAAAGUUAAGAUGAUGCAGUUUUAGCGGUAUAUUUCAAAAUCCUUGUAAGAAAAAGGGAAAUGGUCUGAUAAGAUAAUGAGAAUUUAAACAAUGUAGUGAACAAUCAGCUACAGAUUUGCAAUCUUGACGUUUUUACGAAUAGUAUUUAUUUUCGAUUUUUUAAAAUUUUAUUUUCUCUUUAAGUCGGAUCAUAGUUUCAUUUGGUAUUUUAAGUUUUUAACUGUCGUUUAAUUUAGUCAUUUUCCUCGUACUGCAUGGUUUAAAGGGGAAUUAUUGGAAACAAUUGAAUUGAUGUUGACUCUGAAUAACUUGCACAAUACUUGAGAUCAAAAAAAGAAAGAAUAAACUAUGGUAGCGCAGAAUAAUGGGAAAACCAUCAAACAGAAAAGUGUAGUGAGAAAACAACAAAAAAGACAGCGGAGGUACAUCAGCUGACCUUAAACCAGUUUUACAUAUGGUGUUCAAUUUUCCAAGUUGCUUAUUUCUCAAAAAAAUUUACUGUAAAUUGAAGUCACUCCAAUGUUUUAUCACUGUAAUCUAAAUUUUGAUCGGACUGUACAUUUUAUUUGCGUUUAAUAUUUUAAUGACCCUCAAACAAUUUAUGCUAUACGUUUCCAAAUGUACCCAUUCUUCCACAAGGGACAAGCCUUAUAAAAAAGGAAUCAACAACCCUAAUUUUUUAGACCAGCCUUAAUGCAUUAAUUUAUAGCGUAGUUUCGUCGUCCUUAUAAGGAAGAAUAAAAUGCAGUCUAACUGUUAA